GCAUAGACGAGAGACUACAAGCACCGUCCCUAAGCAGCGGUGUGACCCGUGCAUUAAAUCAAACACACAGAUACAGGCGAGCCUCGCCGUGUGACAUGUGAUCAUCCGGGCACUUCAGGGUUCACCUCGUAACUGUAAUCUAGGCAUCCCAUUAGCUGUAUCUUUAGGCGACUUGAGGGGUUUGUGUGACUUUUUUUGUCCCAGUGAUGAAUUUUGACGGAAACAUGUGCAAUAAUAUAACCGAAUAUUGACAUUUAGACAAUUGAAAGUCAGAAACGGCGGUGAAAACAGUAGUCAGGAAAGCACAUUAGCGAAACGUGAUGGGUAAACGGUUGCAUAACUUCUGAUUCAGACCAAUCAGGGCGCUCCUUUCAUUCCUUAGUAUUCCUGUGGGUGGAGAUGUUGAUACGCAGAAGACAUCUUGCGUGGCCGAAUUUACGAAGGUGUUGUAGUUCGUACACAUUGUUGUACGAUUUACACAGGUGCAUUUUUGAGGAAAUACAUCGAGACUGACUGUCAGUGGAGACAACCGGAAAUCUUUGCGCUAUUUUACUUUUGUAUGCAGGCUAUUGGCGUCAAUGGUGGUCGUGCGCAGCUCUUCUUUUGCCAAACAAAAAUAGAGUAUUUGACUAGCUUUAGUGACUUCUUCCUUUCUGGAGAAACUACUCAUUUUGGAUGUUUUCUUUUAAACGCAGCUACUAAUCGUUUGGCUUUCUCCUGCUGGACACAUGCUGGACACAUGCUGCCUGUGAUGGUCAGCAGACCCAACUCUGGAUAAACUCAUGGAGCAGGGUUAAAGCCAGGCAAAGCGUCGACGUCAGCAGGUUUUAAACUGCAUCGUGGGACUGUUUUGAUACAGAAGAAGACAAGAGAACGGUUUGUUUUUGGGUUCAGGGACUCCUCACUUCCCCCCCCCCACUGUUUAACCCUACAAGGCGUAAGCAAAUACGGGCGACAUGGUGGUCAACACCAUCCACUGGUUCAGGAAAGGACUGCGGCUGCAUGACAACCCAUCUCUGAGGGACUCCAUCCGGGGAGCCGACAGCCUGCGGUGCAUCUACAUCCUGGAUCCCUGGUUCGCUGGCUCCUCCAAUGUGGGCAUAAACAGAUGGAGGUUUUUGCUGCAGUGUUUAGAGGACCUGGAUGCAAGCCUUCGUAAACUUAACUCCCGCUUGUUUGUCAUCAGAGGCCAGCCCACAGAUGUCUUCCCUCGGCUUUUUAAGGAAUGGAAGAUCACACGUCUGUCCUAUGAGCAAGACUCUGAGCCGUUCGGCAAAGAACGUGACGCUGCAAUUCAGAAACUAGCCAGCGAGGCUGGUGUGGAGGUCAUUGUGCGGAUUUCCCACACGCUGUAUGACCUGGACAGGAUUAUAGAGCUCAACGCUGGUCAGCCUCCACUCACAUACAAGCGCUUCCUGACUCUAAUCACCCGGAUGGAUGCUGUGGAGCUGCCCACAGAGACCAUCACAUCUGAAAUCAUUCAAAACUGCGUCACGCCCACCAGAGACGACCAUGACGACAAGUUUGGGGUGCCCUCUCUGGAGGAGCUUGGUUUUGAGACGGAGGGCCUCAGCACUGCAGUAUGGCCGGGAGGAGAAACCGAAGCCCUCAUGAGGCUAGAGCGGCAUCUGGAGAGAAAGGCAUGGGUAGCAAACUUUGAGCGUCCACGUAUGAACGCCAACUCCCUGCUGGCCAGUCCGACAGGGCUCAGCCCCUACCUGCGCUUUGGCUGUCUCUCCUGUCGGCUCUUCUACUUUAAACUCACUGAUCUGUACAGAAAGGUCAAGAAGAACAGCUCCCCUUCACUGUCCCUGUACGGCCAGCUGUUGUGGAGGGAGUUCUUCUACACCACUGCCACCAACAACCCCUGCUUCGACAAGAUGGAGGGAAACCCUGUAUGCGUGCAGAUCCCCUGGGACUGGAACCCGGAAGCUUUGGCCAAGUGGGCAGAGGGGCGAACGGGUUUCCCGUGGAUAGACGCCAUCAUGACCCAGCUGAGGCAGGAGGGCUGGAUCCAUCACUUGGCAAGGCAUGCCGUGGCCUGUUUCGUCACCAGGGGGGAUCUGUGGAUCAGCUGGGAGGAAGGCAUGAAGGUCUUUGAAGAGCUGCUGCUGGACGCGGACUGGAGCGUGAAUGCUGGCAGCUGGAUGUGGCUUUCUUGCAGUUCGUUUUUCCAGCAGUUUUUCCACUGCUACUGCCCUGUGGGAUUUGGACGACGCACGGACCCCAACGGCGACUACAUUCGGCGUUAUUUGCCCGUAUUGAGGGGUUUUCCAGCCAAAUACAUCUAUGAUCCUUGGAAUGCACCAGAGGAAGUGCAGAAAGCAGCCAAGUGCAUGAUAGGAGUCCACUACCCUAAACCAAUGGUCAACCAUGCUGAGACCAGCCGCAUCAACAUCGAGAGAAUGAAACAAAUUUACCAGCAGCUUUCCUGCUACAGAGGUCUGGGCUUGCUGGCAUCCGUACCGUCCAAUCCCAGCAGCGGUGCGAACGGCCCCAGGUCGGGGACAGCUCGAGACCCUGAGGGCUCCUCUGAGGAUCCUUCACUACAGGAGGGAACAUCUCCAACAGAAAGAGGACAGUUCACACAAAAGCGACGUCACGAAGACGCUCCAUCUGCAAGCAGUUCGAAGUCCUUGAAGCAGAGUAAAUAGGGUGGAAAACGAACAAUAUCAAGCGUCCCUCAGCUGGUUUUCUCAUGUCAAGUGUUCCCUUGUAGCAGACGUCAGUCAGACCAGAAUGAGCGCCGUGGAGACGGAAUGGGUGCGUUGGUUUAAUGUAGUACUCCGCACACACAAUAUACACAUACUGUUGGGUAUAAAGAAACUAAAUUAAAAGGUUCCAGUGGUGGAAAAGAAGAAAAGAAGAGAUUACAUCAGUCUUCACAAGUGUGAUGUGAAGCAGCCAGUUGUCUUCCACUCUAGUGUGUAACUGUUCAAGUGAUGAACCCAUUUAGAAAUGACUCAGUGUAAAGUCAAGUUUCAAAUCUUAGAUGAAAUUAAUCUCUCACCUGGAUCAAAGCACCUGCUCUCAUUGACCAAAUAACUUAUUAACAGUCAGGUGGAUCUGUACCGCUGACACACUCGACCACUUAAGGGAAAAAAGCUCCUGAAUCUUUGCUGUCAUUUAUAUUAAGUAACAAAUAUAUGAAACAAGUCUGAUGCACAGAAGAAAAGCAAGUUAGAAGCUAGACGCCGGAGCAGGCCGUCAAACGUAUUGUAAAUAUUUAUCGUUUAAGCUGUCCAGCUUUUGUAUAUUUGGUGAUCGGGGUCUCACACCUCCCUCUGUAAAUAGUGUAACCAAAAAUGUAUCACUUUAACGUAAAUGUAUGUGCUUUUGUCUAUUAUAUGAUCGUAAAUCUAUUAUUUUUGUAUAAAGAAUGGCUGCAUCCUAAAUAUAUUGACAUGGC